UCAGUAGGCCGAGGAUAUUAAAUCGCUUCUUAUUUCCAAAGUAGCUAUAUCUUUUUUGAAAGAAUAUGUAAAUAAAUAAAUUUGCUCUAUCUCGUAAAAAAGGAAUAAAUAGUUCUCUGAACGCGAUGUACGUUUAGAAGCCGGCACGGCACGUUGUAAACUUGCCUUGGCAUCGAGGUAAUUUUUUUUUGCUAACCGUUCAAGAGCUAGGUAAGCUCAUGUUGCCGUGAUUUUCUGAUCUGAUCCGAGCGGUUUCAACUGUGGAAAAAAGUCUACAAACUGCUCGCAGUCUCCACGGCGAACAACAUGAAGUGAAAGGCGGCAUGGUGACAGGGGGGCUUUGCGCGCCGGUAGAUCACCUCCGGUGCUCGUUGUGAGUGUUUAUCUCCCUGUUUUUUGCAUCAGGCUUUACUGGUGGUCACGGGGCAGGCCCGGCGGCUGCCCUGGGUAUUGGCGAGCGCUGUGGAUGGUGGUCGCGGCAGAGCAGUUGCGGUGAUCGCUGCGGUGCUGCAGUGGGUGAUCGCGGUCGGGUUGCACUACGCGGACAUUAACUGCAUCAGGGUUAAUUUUUCAUGGGUACGUGAGUGCAUUGGAGGAGACGGGCAACCUCAAUGACUGAGGAGACGUUGAUUGCUUGUUGAUGUGGUCUGCAUCUCCUCCCAGCAGGACGGACCGCAACCAGGCCUUCCCCGCUGGGGCUCUUCAGUAUCGGCCCCUCUCCGUAAAUUUGCAAGAAGCGAUGAAGUUUAAGGACAAUACCAGUAAGUUAGAUGUCCCUACAAACAAUGUUAGGGCUGCAGAUGAGCAACAACCUACUAAUGCUGUUGCUGGCGCAGCUACCUCUGCUGCUAAUCCGCCUGUCGUUUCUUCCUCUCCCCCUCGUCGUGAAAACCUUCGGAGGCCGUCAAAAGCUCACGCUGUUCCAAAAAAGAAUAUUCCAGGAAAGAGAAAGGAUAGGGCAGCCACACCGAGCGAUGAUGAUUUUGUUGACCCGCCAGCCCGUGUGAGCAAGGCCUCUAAACCUGACAAUAGGAAGUCCAAAAAGGGUAAUAUUAAUAGUUCUAAAAAGAUAUGCCCGAACUAUAAGUGUGCUCCCAACCAAGUUUUAGUGGCCAAGAAAAGUUUGUCUGAAGCUGUGAAAGCUAAACUCAGAGAAUAUGACUUUGGAAUAUUCUUGGACUUGAAAUUGAGAAGUAUUGAGAACACCAAGUUGUUGAUGUUCCUCAUGGAUAGGCUGGAUCCCAAUACGCUUACCUUGUGCAUUACAGAUAAUAAGCACUUGAAAAUUACUAGGCACUCCAUCGAAUGUGUUCUUGGGUUGCCAGAUAGGGGUACAAACAUAGUUGUACCCGGUAAAGACAUCCAAAAGAAAGCCUUAUGUGAACUGAAGAUGAAGCUUGGUGUCGAUCAAAGUGAAGAUGUCAAGGUGCAAGAUUUGAUUGCACAGAUUGCGAAAGAUGAAGAGGGUGAUGAAUUCACGAUCAGGUGCUUCGUGAUGAUCCUCCUGAACAAGUUACUCUUGCCAGGGACUUGUGAUUACAUCACAGGAAAGGAGGCUGCAUUGACGGAGGACAUCACUAAGCUGUGCUCGGUAAAUUGGGCUAAAUUAAUCUUUGAUGACAUUGUGAAUGCCUCUAAAUCAUGGCACUCAAAGAAGACCGGAACCACCAACCCCUCUAUUCAUGGUUGUGUGUUGUUCCUAGUUGUAUAUUAUUUGGAUAAUUUGUUGGGAAAGCCUUCUACCAAUCCCAUCGUCACACCUCGGAUAAAUAAUAUUACGAGGGAGGAAAUGUUGAGGCUCAUCGACCAAGAUAAGAUAGUGCUUGACGGGGUUGGAACAUUUGGUGCUUUGCCGUUGAGGAGUCAGGUGGGCACUUGCUACAUGGAGGGUGCGGCGCCUACAACUGGUGGCACUCCUCCAAGUGCUUCAGAUAUCCCGUAUCGGUCACAUUCUUCUCCUCCUGCAUGUAUUGUUAGCAUGCAUCGUCACCUCGCAGGUUGCUUUGAUGAUUUUUGUGAGCCACAACAGGUUGCAGCCAUGUCAGCAUUGCGAAGGUGCGAUGACGACAUCCAAAGGCUGGUGCUCAACAUAUGUGAUCGACUGAUGACGACAGUUGAGGAAAUCAAGUGCAUUGUGAGGGAUUCUCGAUCGAACCCACCACCACCACCACCAAGCCCCAAGGCUGCUUCGACUGCUGCUCAAUUUCCCCUGUCAGGUGCGGGAGAAUACUCAAACUUGCAUGAUAAGAGGCAGCAACCAUGUCCCACAACUGGUUUUGAUAACUCUGUAAAUGUGGUGCUUAAUGAGGGUCGCGACAAUGUUUUUGAUACAAGCGACCUUAGUUACACUCAGAUUCUUAUGGCUGCUGGGGUUCCAAAAUCUCAACAAGGUGCAAUUUUGGAUGGAGUAUUUGGCAGUCAGUGGAAUUCACAGUGUAUCUACAAUGAUCCCGAUCACGAAGUUCUAACAAAUGGCGUGUGCAAAACUUGCUAUGAUAAUGGUGACAUGGGCAACUUAGAUGACGAAGGGGUCGCCACUGAAGAGCCUAUGGAUUCUUCCACUAGUGCUGACGAAGGUGAUCUUGUGCACCUUACAUCAGAUAUCGACGAGGAGGAAACUGAGCCCAGUAACGAAGUCAUUUCAACCAAGAGUGGUCAUACAAAUGUUGGUAUGGAUCAUGUGCAUGAUCUACAGUCAAGUGGACUUCAAGCUCCUUUUUAUGAUGAGACACCCAAACAACAGCAUGGGACAUUGGCCACAUCUGCUGGUGGAACUACAAGCUUGACAGAUUUGUGGGAGUCGUCGAAAAAACUUCCUGAUGCCAUGCAUUUACCUCCUAUUGUCUUCGACAAGACACCAGAUCACGCAAUUGGCUCGGGGGCCGAAUUUGCAAAUGUAACUUAAAAUGCGAUGCAACCGCGGAAAGAGUCUCAUCAGUUUUGAGAUAUUGCGAUGAAAAAGACGGUUGGUCAGCACGAGCAUGUAGUUCCCCCUACGUUUGAUGAGACAUCGGUGCGCCUACGUCCAGAAAACUCGGCACAAGUGAGGGAGUGGACUGCACAACAUUCAGAACUCAUAUCGAUUCGACCGGAAAACAUGUCGACGGCGAGAAAAACGCAGAGCUAUGUUAAUGGUUAUCGAGAUGUUUUCUUUGGAAGCCGACCGAGAAUAACUAGAAGGAGACCCAAGCAAUCAAGAAACAAACCAUGUUCAGUUUUCAAGUUCCCACUAAACUUAAUAGAUUGUUCUAUCGAUAUUCGCAAUGCUGCAUGAGUUCGUAAGAUAGUCAUAUCCGACGAAAGUUUGAAGAAGGUAAAUCUUAUAUCCAAUGCCUCUCUUGGCGUGUCCACGAUUGGCGAGGAUUUGGCUGAUUGUUUUAGGGACAAUGAAACGACCUUGGUAGAGAUCAUGAAUAUUUUCACUGAAUGUGUUCGACAUGAUGAGAAGCUACACCCAACCCAGUGGAAGGGUCAUACGCUUUUUCUAAGUUGGACUCUUGGGUCCAUGUUGAACUAUGAAGAGCUCCACAGGGGUUAGGUGUAUAAUACUGACAAAGCCGCUACUUUAUUGGCUGAGCAUCUCGAUGGCAUUGAUCCUAAAGAGAUUAAUCAGGUUAGUAUAUGUACUGUCCUUCAAGUGAAAUUACUUAGAUUGUGCUAGAUUUCGCUUAUUAUUCAUUUAUGUAUGUACAGAUCCUUUGGACAUAUCACCAUAGUAACCACUUUGCAGUGUACUGUGUCAACUUGGAACACACUCGUAUUGAUGUUCUGGACUCGAUUGACUGGUCUGAGACUGAGAGAUGUAGCUCAUUUGAAGAACGAAAUUUCCCCUCGGGUCAUAGAGCAAUUGAACGGCUAAGUGAGGCUUUUCGCACAGUUACUGGCGGAGAGUUUCAAGAUUUUUGUAAAUGGCCAAUGUGGAGCAAGGAUGUUCCUCGACAACAAGGCAAUGAUUGUGCCAUUUUCACUACAAAGUUCUUGCGCCACUAUGAUGGCGAAGUUGGUCAGCUCCGUUGUAACAUUAAUCCGGCAAAGACUAAUCAGUAUAGGGAUGAAGUUCUGUCCUAUAUUUUGUUCCAUGAGUUGAAUGAAGUCAAUCCCUUACCUUACUCAUUGGAGAAAUUUAGGAGAGAAACAGACUAUGUAAAUUAGAUAGCGCUUUGUAUGUUUAUAAGUUUGUAACAAAAACUGAUAUUUCUUGGUGUCUGUGUUGUAAUGUACUCGGGAGUACUUGUUUAGGACUGC